AUGGUCAAGAAGACGAUGGUUUUGAGCACGGAGUGGGCACAAGUUGAAGUGGUUGAGCUCACGAACGAUGGAAACGGAUUGGGCUUCAAUUUAGUUGGCGGAAGGAGCACUGGUGUUGUUAUAAAGUAUGUGUUGCCGGGCGGUAUCGCGGACAAGGAUGGACGUCUUCAAAGCGGUGAUCAUGUACUGCAAGUGGGAUCUGUAAACUUGCGAGGUUUUACAUCAGAACAGGUGGCUGCUGUCUUACGUCAGGCUGGACCCACCGUCCGCUUGCUAGUUGCAAGACCUGCGGACCCAGCUGCAGCCUUACAAGCUGCUCCAUUUGGCACCGCACUCGUUCCUACAAAAUUGCUUGCUGACCCGGAGCUCUUAGACCGCCAUCUUAUCGAAACUGGAUAUAGUGCUGUAUACGAUCUUUCACAGUGUUAUGGAGAAUAUAUUAAUGGACAAAAUGGCGAUAUUGAAAGCGUGGUAGCUGCCGUUAGCGUUAUUGCUGAUAAUCCACAAACAAUACCUGUUCUUCCUAUCAUAGCCGACUCUGUAUCUCCUACAAUUACUAUUACAGUCCCAGUAGAACUACCAGUCUUACCAGAAGUUGAAACUAUUCAUGUGGAUCUUAAUAAAAAUGUCUAUGGAUUGGGGAUAACUGUUGCAGGAUAUGUUUGUGAAAAAGAAGAACUAUCUGGAAUAUUUGUUAAAAGCAUAAUUGAAGGUAGCAGUGCUGAGCAGAGUGGUAAGAUUAAAAUCAAUGAUAGAAUAAUUGAAGUGGAUGGUGUCACUUUGACUGAUAAGAGUAACCCGCAGGCUGUCGAUAUAUUGAGGAAUACAGGGAUAUCUGUACAUCUUGUUUUAGAGAGAUAUCUACGGGGUCCUAAAUUUGAACACCUACAACUUGCUAUUUUUAAUGAAGAACGGCCAGCUUCCCCGUCCCCAUCAGCCACAACCCUUACUUGGUUUCCAGUGCCUUCCCAAGUUGAUAAUAGUGUUACUGAAAUAGAGCCUGAACCUGAAUCUAAUACUACAAUUGACUCUAGUGUUUUAGAGGUUGCAGAUGAUAUUCAGGAGCCCUCACAAGAAGAAUUAGAUAGAAGACUAGAUGAAAUACUUAAUGUUGAUACUGAAGAAAUUAAACAGAGAUGGGAGUCUGAAGUAGGCCCAGAUAAAGAGAUAUUCAUUGCUGAGGUUAAUAAACUUUCUGGGCUAGGAAUAAGUCUUGAAGGUACAGUUGAUGUUGAAGGAGGUUUAGAAGUCCGCCCACACCAUUACAUUCGAUCAGUUCUACCUGAAGGUCCUGUAGGACAACAGGGAACAUUUAUAGCUGGAGACGAAUUACUUGAAGCUAACCAAUAUAGAUUACAUGGUCUAACACACACUGAAGUUGUUAAUAUACUAAAACAACUUCCAAACCGUGUGCGCUUAGUUUGUGCACGAAGCAGCAUAGACAGUGGUCCUAGGCCAGUAAUAAACUUGUCGCAAGACAGAGAAGGUUUUGAGGCUAGGAAAAUUAUAUCUGGAAGCUUAAAUAACUUGACAACACUUGUAAAAGCUCAAUCUGACUCAUCAAUAAAUACUUCGAGUACUGCAACAUUGACAAAUCCAACAGAAUCAAAAAAAUCAAAAUCUCUUGAGUGUGUUUCUGGUCUAGCAAUGUGGCAAAGUAAAGAAGAUAUAGUUGAAUUGGUAAAAGGGGAUCAAGGCCUAGGUUUCUCAAUUCUUGAUUACCAAGACCCUAUUGAUCCUAAUGGAACAGUUAUUGUUGUUAGAAGCUUGGUUCCUGGAGGGGUUGCUGAGAAAAAUGGUCAAAUUUCACCUGGUGAUAGAGUUAUGUCUGUGAAUGGUGGUACAAUUAAAAAUGCUACUUUAGACCAAGCUGUACAAGCUUUAAAAGGCGCGCCGCGAGGUGUAGUUCGUGUUGGAAUAGCUAGACCUCUGCCCUCACACGAAACUUCAAAGUCAAAGAGCACCACAAACCUAACUGGAAAUUCGAGUUAA